AUGAUGCGAUGCUCGGAGACAGGGAACUCGAUGGUGGACGUAAGCAAGCAAGAAAAGCAAUCGAUUCUCAAAUUCGUCAAUGACCGCACCGAAGUUUGUGUGCUGUGGUCUGGCUGCACCUUUUCCGCCGUCAAAUUCGCCGCUUCGGCUCCACGCAAGGACGUGGCAGGCUUGAAAUACUCCACUUGGCUCGCCUCGACGAUUCAUGUUCGGCUCGCCCCGACGAUGGUGUCCAAGUCUUGGACUAGGAGACAAAGGCAAGGCCCAGACGGAAUUGACCUCGGAGCUACCGACGGCAUUUACCCUAGGCACGCCGUCGGUCAUCUCGCCGGGGCAAACAGGAGACUCUUGGAGCAGAAGAACGUAGCCUCAAAACGAUGGCCGAGAUUCGGAAAGCAUCGGUCUGGUCCUCGGAAAGGAUCGACAACAGCCAGCCGGCGUCAAAAACGUGGGCCAAAGGGUUCGGAAAGUCGAAAAAUUUGCAAGGCCGAAAGAAUUGCCGAAGCGGCUACGAUGCCGAAGAUGGUAUGCGUGCGUCACAGGGUCCACCACUUCGGUUCUGCUUCGGACGGGCGGGUGGAUGGACGUCUCGCAUCCAGCUAA